CGCCGUGCUGUAAUGGGAUCAGUUACAGUAAGUAACAACAGUUGUUCUGACUGAAUGCUCAGGAAAACCAUCAGUUACAAAAAUGCUAUCUCGCGGCUUGUACCUUAUUGGCAUUUUCGUAGCGUUCGCUAUGAUGGUCAAUGUGUCUGCUAAAUCAUUUCCGUUAGACGAGGAAGACAAAGAGAACGAAGAAAAUAUGGAAAACGAAGAAAAUGAGGAAGAACUCCUUGUCAGUGAAAACGAAAAUGGAGCGCUUGAAAAUCGCAAAGGUGGUGGCGGCGGCUUAAAAAAAGGCGGUAAAAACUUCGGCUCCGGUGUUCUUAACGGCGCUGGCCACGCAACUGGGAACACUGCUGUCCAAUGCCUCAUUAUGCGUAACUGUUAAUUAAUUCGAUACUUUACUGCAUUGACGAAUAUAUUAAAAUAAUAUAAAUCGAAAUAUCAUCGUGUGAUAUCUUUGUGUAUAAAAAUA